AUGACUGACGGUAAUAAUUGUUCUUCGGAAGAAAGAAAGAAUCUCGAAAGAGGUUCAAAAAAUCAGAAAUGCUUAACAUCGGGAGAGAAAAUCGAUACUCACAAUUUAAAGGCAAAUAACAUAUUCAAAAAAGAUAAAGGAAAUCAAAGUCAAGUGGAAUCGAAAAUUCCCAAAGGAAACCUAUCGGAAGACAAUGUUGAAGGGAAGAAGAAGAAAAAGAGAAUUACAAAUAAAGCAAAUCUUGAGGAUACCAAAACGGAAGAUCCCACAAAAACUACUAAAGGAAUAGAAAAGUCAAAGGGAAAAGAAUCAAUGGAAGGUGAGGAUGACUCCAGGGAUAAGGGGGAUAAAAAGAAAAACAAGAAAACAAAAGCAGAUGAGGGUAAUGAUUUUGAGGAGAACCAGAAACAUAAGAAGGCAAAGAAAAAUAUUAAAGAUGUCGAGGAGGACACUCCGAAUGUAGAUAAACGAACUAAGAAAAAAUCAACUAAAAACUCCCCCGAUUUUCCCACGAAAGAUUUAUCCGGCAACGAAAAUGCAUUGAAAAUUAAAAAUACUAAAUCCAAUGAUAAGAAAAACAGGGACCAGGAACAAAAUUUGCAAACAAAAAAGGAACGCCGAACAAAAAGUCCCGACAAGUCGUCUUCACCUCAAAAUAAUAAAAAAUCCCAUAAACCCCCCAAAAAACUAAUGGUUAGCAAUAUUAUAAAGGAUUUGCGUUGGAAGGUACGCAAUGGUUUGGAUAUUAGAGCUCAUAGGGGUUCUGCACAUUCCAUAAAAAUCAAAUCCCACAAGAGGAAAGUUAAGGCUCUGCAAAAGCGAAGAGAUAAGGAAUCGCGGUUUGAUGAAAAGCCUUGGGAUAUUUUAAGAGCCGCCAUGGAGCAACGUGAACAGUGUGACCUAACCAGCAAG